AUGAUGAGGAUAUGGGGCUCGGGGCAAAAAUUGGGGGGUCCAAUCGGAGGAAAGAAAUGGGGUCCAAUCGGAGGAAAGAAAUGGGGGGGUCCAAUCGGAGGAAAGAAACGGGAUCCAAUCAUCGGAGGAGGAAGGCGAUUUCCCAGAAGAAAUCCGGCGGUUCCAAUCUAUGAAAUGCAUCCAUCUUUGAAACUGAUAAAACCAAACCGGAUCAGUGUUGCCGAUCACCCAUUUGAAGCCAUUAGAAAGCUGGCUGUCGCUUUGGCUUCAGAAUCUCUGAUCAAGUUCUUCUCCAUGGGAUCAAGGAAGUUUCCAAGAUUCUCCACCUCCAUGGUUGCUCUUGCAGCGACUUCACAGAACACUAAAGCUUCCGUGAUGAAGUUUCUUCUCUACAACAGGAACUGUGGCUUCUCCUUCAAGAAGUCCUAUGAUGUGAGAGAGGCCAUAGUGUCUGUUUCCAACUCUGUGGGCUCUUUGUCUGUGGCUGUUCUGUACUAUGGAGCUGUGUACUGGCUUGUCUUCCUGGAUCCUCUAUCUGAGCAUUCAAGUGUCUCUGAUCUAAGGAAACAAGUCAAAACAGCCCAAGAGGAAGUUGAGAGGAUGAAACAUGAGCAAAGAGAAGAUGGAAAAUUGGCCAAGGAAGAAAUCAAGCAACUCAAAGAGGAAGGUCGUAUAAUGAAAGGGGAAGUUGGUGCAAUGAAAGAGGACAUGGAUGCUAUGAAAGAGGAUUUGCAAGCUUCAAAAAGCAAGACUUGGCUCAGGUGGUUAACUUCUUUCUGGAAGUGA